GGGCAGGAGCGCGGUGCGAGAGGGCUCGGGCGGCUCGGGCCGGGCGGCGGCGGGACCCGCUCCUCUCGCCGGGAGCCUCCUUCCCUGGCGCCUGCCCCUCGCUUUCUCUCUCUCCCCUCCUCCCGCCGCGAGUAGCCGGGGCCUCCUCCAUGCGGGAGAAGAGGAGGAGGAGGUGGGAGCUGCUUGUCGGCCAUCCCCGCCGCCUGGCAAGUCGGAGCCGACCCGCCGCCGCGCCGCUCCUGCCGCAUCUCCUCCCGGCGCGCCGCCGGCGCUGAGCCCGGCCCGCUGCGCUGCCCCAGCCCCUCUCCCUUCUGCUCUUUUUUUUAAUUCUGUUUGUUUUUUUUUUUUUUUUUUUUUAAUUUAUUCAUUCCCCCCCUCCCUUUGGUUCUCACCCUGGCUGCGAAUAAAGUGUCUUCAUGAGAGCAGAGGAUGUCCGGGAAGCACUACAAGGGGCCCGAAGUCAGUUGUUGCAUCAAAUAUUUCAUCUUCGGCUUCAAUGUCAUUUUCUGGUUCCUUGGCAUAGCAUUUCUUGGAAUUGGAUUGUGGGCAUGGAAUGAAAAGGGAGUGCUGUCCAAUAUCUCCUCCAUCACUGACCUGGGAGGCUUUGAUCCAGUUUGGCUCUUCCUAGUGGUAGGAGGAGUUAUGUUCAUUUUGGGAUUUGCAGGAUGCAUUGGAGCUCUGCGAGAGAAUACCUUUCUUCUCAAAUUUUUUUCCGUGUUUCUUGGAAUUAUUUUCUUCUUGGAGCUCACUGCUGGUGUUCUAGCAUUUGUUUUCAAAGAUUGGAUAAAGGACCAGCUGUAUUUCUUUAUAAACAACAAUAUCAGAGCUUAUCGAGAUGACAUUGAUUUGCAAAACCUCAUAGACUUCACACAGGAAUAUUGGCAGUGCUGUGGGGCUUUUGGAGCUGAUGACUGGAACCUUAAUAUUUACUUCAAUUGCACAGAUUCCAACGCAAGUCGGGAGCGCUGUGGUGUGCCAUUCUCUUGCUGCACUAAAGAUCCUGCCGAAGAUGUUAUUAAUACUCAGUGUGGCUACGAUGCAAGGCAAAAACCAGAAGUUGAUCAGCAGAUUGUUAUCUAUACUAAAGGCUGUGUUCCUCAGUUUGAAAAAUGGUUGCAGGACAAUCUUACCAUAGUUGCUGGUAUAUUCAUUGGGAUAGCAUUACUGCAGAUAUUUGGGAUAUGCUUAGCCCAGAACUUGGUUAGUGACAUUGAGGCUGUCAGAGCCAGCUGGUAAAACUGCUGAAGUAACCACAACAAGACACUGGACAACUGAAACCCUCUGAAACCUCCAGUGUGUCACUCUGACACCAAGCUGUAUGGACAUGAGUGACAGGGAAGCCUUCUCUCCCAAGUAGUUGCAAGUCUAAGUUCCUGAUACUGCAGUGAACUUGUGUUUCUUUGGGGUGGAGGAGUCAAGAGUGGGCUAUUUAAAAUCUGCUGCUCGCCAGCAGUUGUUUUUGUUUUAAACCACCAGUUUGAAAGCUGUUGAGCUGUGAAUCUCUACUGUAUUCUUGAUCUUAAGUAACAAGUGGACACUUUUUAAAUUGGUGUAUUCAGUGAGAAAGAUUUGCAUCGUUGUAGUCUGUGGAUAUGCUGUUUAUUCUUUGUGUCAUGAGCUCUUCAAUAGCUGCCAAAUACUCCCAAGAUCGUCUCUCUCCUCACCACUCUGUAAAGGAACAAUCUUGUUUUCACAGCUAAACGUAGCUACAGACUUAAACCUAUCAAGCAGGAAGCAACUUUCUAUGCAUCUAUUGUACAGUAAAAAAGUUGUUUUUAAAACAAGGGAUUUUUUUUUUUAAUGAAGGCUUCUGACCCAUCUCCCUGUAGUACUUUGAGGUUGUAAUCAGCAAGCUCACAGGGAGAACUGCUUAAUAUUAUCAACAUCUUUCUUUCUCCACUCUUGUGUGAAGGGAAAGGAGUUUUAUAUUUGACAAACAAGGGUUAUAGAGCCUUUGGUUGCUGCCAUACCUUAGGACAUCUGUCUCUUAAGGCAAGGAUGGAAUAUAACUGUAUAAAUGUAUGAAAGCAGUGUGGAUGUUGGGUCCGAGUGGAUAAUAUUAUUCAAAGAAUGAAUUAUAUAUUAACUUAAAUCAAAACAUAUGUAUCUGAUAUGGCUAGAUCUUUUGUUUCUCUGGAAUUUAGUGUAACCUAAUGUACUUAGGGAUCUCACUAAUAUUAGUGCUUUGAUAUACUUGUGCAAAACUUCUUUUAAGAGAAUUCCUUGGUCUGUUCUUAGCUGAGACUUUCGUCUUUCUUUUUUUCCCUAUUUUCUUUAAUUCUUUUUACUUGCAUGAGCUGUGGAGUAAGAGUCUGUGACACUCCAGUGCUUUAAAUCUGUGCAUAUGUUUUAAUGCUGUCUAAUCCAAACUUAUUUAUUGGUAAAUGCAUGUGAUUAUGGGGAGAUCAUAUCCCAUUCCCAUGGAACUUGGAGAGAACAGCUUUUGCCAGAGAAAAUGCUUACCUCCAGUGAACAAAUCCUUGUUAUGGAGAUGUCUCCCUUGCAACAAAAAGCUUUCUUGAAGCAAUGGAAUAAAAUUUUAAAAAUAGGAAUAUGUACUAGGAUCAGCCAAUACAGACUCUUUUGAAUUGGACAAAAGAGAGUAGAAUUUGGAAUAAAGCACAAAUAGUGAAGAAGAAUUAGAUCAGACACCAUCCAGUUUAGAGUUUUUGAUUUAUUCUUCUUCACUAAUAAUAGUAGUGAACUGACAAACCUGAAUGCGGCUUGGGUGGUUUUAUUCCACUUUGUAUAAAUUUAGCUUGUUGUAUGACCUUUCUCAGUAUCUGCAGAACCAGUCUUGAAAGCUGUGAGCUCUCGGCUAUUGCUUUGGUGGUAAAGGGUAUGUAGCACCUCUCUGUAAGAGCUUAAUGUUUUUCUGAGAUGAGUUUUCUAAAAUGAAGUAUGUGGAGUAGAAGAGGUGAAUGCAUUGCUUUCAAAGCUUCCCUGUUCUGGGGAGAUAGAAGGCUGGUUUGACCUUUUCAGGUCCUGUGAUUCUUAAGCAUAUGUGUGUAUGUACCCUUGCACAUUUUGCCUUUCUGUGCUUUAGUUGACUGUAGGGUUUUUUCCCCCUCUGAAGGCUGGUGGUAGGCAUAUCAGCGCUCCCUAGAUGACAGAGUCCUGUUGUCCUCCUGUCUUUGAGCAUUACCUCAUCCUCUUCUGGUUAACUCCCACUGACUGGCUCUGAAUCAGGCAGCCUCCAUAUACUUUGAUAUCUGCUGUUAAAGGCCAGCCAUGACUCAGAGUAAGUUUUUAAAGCCUUUGAAAGCAAUUAUAAGUCACUGUCCUUAAUAAAGUUGGUUCCACCUCUCCACAGUGUUUUGUUUUUCUUAGCCACUUCUCAACUUGAGGAGUUACUGGUGUUUGUUUCCCCCCAAAGGGACACACCUUAUUGCCUGAUACCAUCAGGACAGACAGAUGAUCAGCACCAGUGUAGCUGCACUGAGAUAUGGAGAAAUCAGGGAAGUGUGGUUGAGGAAGUAACCCCUCCACCCAAGAGACUUGAUUGUGACCCAGUACUUUGGUUUGGAGGAAAAGAAAGCCUACAUUACAGAAACAUUGAGUGUUGCCACUGGUCUUGAAUACCACUGUUGCUGCUGUGAGCUUCUGAAGAGAACUUCAUUCUUCUACUUGAAUUUCUGCAGUGGUACUGUAUUGGCCUUCUGUUUUGUCAUGUUGUUCUCUGAGUUCCAGUCUGCUGAACAUGCUGUUGGCAGUGUCAGACUGAUAGGAAGGUAAACGCUCUGAGGUGAGCAAAUCUUGUUCUCACUAUUUGCAUGUGUACACACAAAUGUGCAGCACUUCUGCUGAGUCCCAGAAUGACUGUUCUUAUAAAAACCACUAAAUAACUUAUUUUUCUAGAGCUUGUCUUUAUUGCUUCAGAUGCUGAUCCUUCACCCUUCCCGACUCCCCAAAGAUGCUCUUAUUUUCCUCAUUUCUGCAGUUUUUUGAUGGAUGCACACUGAAUGUUGAGGAUUAGCUGUCUGUAUUGCACAUUUAAGUCCCACAUUUUUUUUGUCUACAGAUGGGUAAGAUGUCCUAGAAAUGCCCCAUUAUCAGCAUCUUAGGUGUCCAGUUUGGAAAGCUUGUAGGAGGCCUUGGAAAUCAAUCUCUUGUCAGAGCCUGCCAAAUGCAAGCAAGCUUUCUUCCAGAAAACUUUGUGAAAACUUCAGGUGAGCUGCAACUGGAGAGCAACUGCUAGCUACAUGGGCUCAUUAUCUAAAGCAAUAAGAUAGGGUAGGCAAUGACUUAUGGCAAUUUGUAGCCUGCCUGGUGCAGUGGUAGAUUAGAUGUGAGUUCAGAGGUGGGUCUAUCUUUAAUGUGCAGUAGCUGUUCAUAAAUUUGUUGUCAGGCUCAUGGCCCUUGUGGAGUGUGAAACAGCUCUGUUUGCAUAUGGAAUGAUGGCAUCGCUAACGAGGGCUCUGGUAGCUUCAGUAGUAGUCCCGGCGUUUAAAGCUGUUUCCAGAUUCCCCACUGAGCCCUGCCAAGGGGCAUCAUCACAGUCCUUGCUCCUCUGCUUUAUAAAUUCUCUCUGUAUUCACAGGAGUUUCUGUUGUGUGAUCUCUCUCUCUCUCUCUCUCUCUCUCUCUCUCUCUCUCUCCUUUUAAUUAUGGCCUAAUGGACAAAUUGUCUCUCUCUUUCUCAUUCAUCUCUGUGUGUUUGUUUCAGUGGUAGGUCUCUUUUGUUCAAAAUCAGCAAUGUUGAUUGUGCUGCUUAGAGUUUAAAGCUGUGGAGGUGGCUUGCUCAAGUGUACUCUGUCCUGAAGGCCUUCUUCUCUCCCCUUUGAGAGAGAUACUAAUUGUAGUUCUGGUGUGUAAAUAGUGUUUGAAAUGUAAAUAGUAGCAUGCAAAUGAAAUGAUUCUUGCACAGGCCUGCUUUUCACCCUAAAAAUGUUUAUGAUAGCUAUGGAAGGUGCCCACUGUGAAGAGUUCGCUGCUGAGAACAGGCUGUCCCCUCGCCCUGGAGGCGAGAGCGCUUUCAGUGCCUGCCCUCUAGUGCCUGUCCAGCCGAGGUGCAGCAGGCACCGGAGGGAGGGAGGAAGGGAAGUAAAACCCCGUCCCGCCACCCGGGCUCUGGUUAGCAGCGGGACCCCCUUUGCUACUUGGCAUUAGACUGUAAAAUGGAGGGUCGCAGUCAGCACCCCCUACCAGUCGUGGGAGGUCGCCAUCGCUUGCAGCAAGGCUAAACAUGGUGCUAUAAGAACUGUCCUGGACCUUAAUCUGUUUCUACUACAUUAGGGAUGCCCUUGGUAAAAUGGAUUCUGAAUAACAGUGUUGGUUAUAAGAGAAACUCUUGUGUGAAAUUCUGAAUGUUUCCCCUCGUGCUGUGUGUGCAUUGAAAUGGCAGGUCUGCAAAUACCUGGGAAGGAGAUUAGAUCUCAGCAGGCGUCAGGGACGGUGAAAGGUUCCAGUUCCUCCCUCGUAUUUUUUUUUUCUCUCUGAAGUUUUUUUAGAUAUCUGUAAUUGGUCAUGGAACUAUCUAAGGCAAACAAAAUAAAACUACCCUGUUGGAUGGAUUAGCUACCAAAUUUUGCCACUUAAAGAAAAGAAAAAAAUCUGUCUCCCGUAACAUACAGUAUAAAAAUAAGUGUUGUGACUACUAGCAUGCACCAGGCAGCACUGCUAGCUGUGUUCUGUGUUUUGGCAAUAUAACUGUGUUAAUAGAAAGCUCCAUCCGUGUGUGUGUUCCUGUUCACGCUGUGUACAUGGUAGAGAUGGACCUGAUACUGCCUUGAGCUCUGGGGAAAUUGGGAUUUGGGUUUUGUGACUCAGACUCAUCUUUGGUUGUGUAUAUUCUGGAUUAGGUCAAACUGAAUCUCUCCUGGUUCAUCCUGGGGCGUACAUCAAGGUGUCGAUAUUUACCCUUUGUGUAUCAUUCCUUUUUAUAUGAAUGUAUUCUCUUGUGUUCCUUUUUUAUCAGUUGUAAAUUGAUUGUAAAAGCCAACUACAAUUACUGAUUGAAAGUAUUGCUAUAACAGAACUGCAUGCCCAAUAGAGUUUGACUUGAGCUUUAGUUGUCUGAUUUUGGACUGGUUACCUUCAGUCUAGGAGAAGAGCAUAGAUCAGGUGCAUAAUGUAUUACUUGUCAUCUUUAGCAUUAGACUGUGGUAUUGUAUCACAUGCUGAUCUCUAUGGAUGUAACUGGAGUUUACUUAGGAAGUGAAUGCAACUUCCUGGUAAUUAAUUUUAAGCUAUUGAAAGUGGUCUUGAUCAUGCUACUUGUGUUCUUGAGUUUGUUUUUUAAUAGAGGCAUUUUUUAGGAAUGUUUUAAUACACUUAUGAUGGACAAUACAGUAGUUUUAAUAGUUGUGCAGUAUUCUGUAUUUACUUGAAGUAAAUAAUUUUAUAUGCAAUUUGUUAGAUAAUUACAAUUUUAUAAAUAAAAUUGCGUGAAAUAUGA